AUGCCGGCAGCCCGGGAAGCCGCGGGGACGAGUCCGCGGGCUCGGCCGGCCACCCUGAAAACAUCGAAACACGCCCCGGCACCAAGCCCCUGCAACCGGCUGCAACACCCAAUGCGACCACGCCACCCAGGAAAAACACACAGGUGGCCACGCCCACAGCCCGGGCCCACGCACAUCCGCCGCGAACCAGCAUCGCGGAACCCCCCCAAAACGCCCCCCAGGCCAAAAGCGAGGCCCCACCCCACCAAGACUGAUGCUUACAGCGUGCAACGCAACACACCGUGCACAGAAACAACCCAAGAGCAGAAAGCCGCUCGGCGCCUGACUGCAAAAAGAGCAGACCGUAGCCGGCGCAACCCAAACCCCCCAGCACAACCGUCCCACACCGGAUGCAGCAAGAGCAGCACAACCGCUCUGCCGCUCCAGCCCCCUGACGCGCGCCGGGCAGAGCCACUCCGCCCGCCACGCAGCCACACCCGCUGCGAUCAGCGGGAACAAAGCACCUCCACCAUGCCUCAUAGCGGGAAAACACACCCGAAAACCCAGUUAGCGCAGCCAGCCCAUCCACACCAGCCCCUCAACACUGGGGCCGCCCAGACCCCCACACACCAGCGGCGCGCCGCCAGCAGGACCCCCACCCAACGGGCCCGCCCGCCCCCCGAGAAAACAGGGAUCCGAGGCCCCAGGGGCGCCCAACCCCCAGACAGGAGCCCCAGCAAGGCCCCGGCCGGCCGGGGCCCACGAAGAGGCCGCCAGGAAUUAGCCAGUAGCCAGCUGGGCAUCCACCCCCAGACCCGGAGCUCCACCAGUGCACAGGCAAGCCCCGACGCCAGCCAGCGGAGGGAGAGCAGGACGGGGGAAUGGGCUCCGCUUUUAGUGGAGACUUGA